GACGACGCCAUUGUACAGGGUGCUGAGUGGCUGCAGAGACUGCUGCAGCUGCAGCAGGGCGUGGAUGCAGAAAAGACCUUCAGUGAAAAGUUCAGAAAGGAGUUUCAGGCAGUGCAAGAUGCGCAGGAAAACAACAAAAGGUAUGACAUCGCCCCUGUCUUUGACCUCUUUGUCGACUAUAGCAAGAACCUGUUCACGGCCAUCCCCGAGAACAAACCUGAAGAGCGCCUGAAGGAGAUAGAGAGCUUCUUCGCCCUGAUCCUCAGUAUGCUGAGCUGCCUGGAGGACAGUGAGCACUUGGACAAGUCGACCACGAGACUCUGCGAGCUCUUGAGUGCCGACACAGAACAGCAGCCGGAGCUUCGGUUGAGACUGCUGAUGAUGCUGUACAACACCUUUAGCCCUUCUUUCCAGCAGAGGUACCGAAUCUUCAAGUACGCCCUGGACUAUGCAGCAUCUGCGGACAUGUUCGAGCAGGUCCUGCCCUACCUGGACUACCUCGACUCCUGGAUGGCUGACUGGGAGUCCUACCUCAAAAUCGAGGAGAAGCGAGACCUUUAUGCCGACAUUUCCAGGCACAUGAGGGCCUAUGGCAAGAAGUCCGAAGCUUUCCAGUACCUGAAGCUGUACCACGGCCUCUUCCAGGGCGAGAAGUCAGCAGCCCUGACAAAGCCAGAGGUUGUCGAGCAGACCAUCCAGCUGAUCAAGGAUGCAGUGAUGCUCCCAGCUGUGAUUCAGUUCGACGACGUUUUGAUGCUGGACACAGUCAAGGCCCUGAAAAGCACACCACAUGGAAGCCUUGUGGGCCUUUGCGAAAUCUUCCUGUCUGGUUCCGUUGAUGACCUCAAGGAGUUCCACAAGAAGAACGAGAAGCUCUUCGACGAGCAUUCCCUAAAUUUCCAGGAAGCGAUGUCCAAAAUUAGACUUCUGACCCUUGCCACGAUGGCUCGGGGACAGUCGGAACUACCAUUAGAUGACAUCGCGAAGCGCAUCCAGGAGAGUCCCACGGCUGUGGAGCCUUGGGUGGUUAGAGCGAUCUCAGAGGGCGUCAUCGAUGGCCGCAUCGAUCAGCUGAACCGAAAGGUUCUUGUGAAGUCAGCCUUCCUGCGGAAAUUUGAGAAGGAGGCCUGCAAGCUUCAAUGA